AUGGAGCAGAUGCCCAGUGAAGGAGUGGAGGUAGAUGUCAAGCCUGUGGGCUUGGAUCAUACUUAUUUUGCGGUUAUAUGCGCUAUUCUAGUCGUUCUUGCGACUAUAGCUUUCUUCCUCUUCAGAGCUUUAAGAGAUAAAGCCGAUACUUAUUUGAUAGUUGGCCUCAGCGACUCCGGGAAAACACAUAUUUUUGGGAAGAUUGCUAACAGAAACCUGGAGCCAGUAACAUACACAUCUUUUCAAGAAAAUGUGCUCGAUUUGGACGUCAAAGGCAAGCAUCUUAAGGUGGUCGACUUUCCUGGUGCAGAACGACUGCGUAAACAUCUAGUUGAGAAAUGGCUGAAAAAGGAACGUUCUUCACUGCGUGGUAUAGCAUUUGUUGUUGAUUCUUCCUCGUUCUCUAAACGCUCGCGAGAUGUAGCAGAAUUUCUUUAUGACGUAGCGCUAGAAAGUGGGAAGAAG